AUGGUUAAUCUCAUUAUCAACCCAGCUUCUAAGAAGCUCAAGAAGAUUAAUUGUGAUACCACUCCAAACACAAGGCUCUCUGCCAUCAUUGACGCGUACGCUAAGAAGAACAACGUCUCCGACCCAAACAGAAUCAAAUUCUCCUUUGUUGAUGGGAAUUCAAAGAAACUGACGCUGAAAACAUAUCUGACUUUAGAAGAGAAUGGCUUGGACUUUAGCAAAAGCAAGACACUAGAAGUCACUGCCAAGGACGUUGGUCCUCAAAUUGGCUGGAGAACUGUUUAUUUUAUUGAAUAUUUAGGUCCAAUCAUUAUUCAUGCUUUGUUCUACUAUGGUUUCUACGAUGCAGGUGAAAUGACAACCACCCAAAUUGUGUCCUUCAACUUCACCUUGCUUCACUACUUAAAGAGAGAGUAUGAAACGUUGUUUGUUCACACAUUCUCUUCCGACACUAUGCCUUUGGCUUACCUUUUCAGAAACUCGGGACAUUAUUGGAUCAUCAACGGUGUCUUUAUUGCCUUCUCCAUUUAUGCACCUCAGUUGACUUUCCAUGAAAGCAAGUUCCAAGAAAUUCUACAUCAUGUUGAAGACCGUUCAUUGGAUGAUUUAAAGUGGUACAUUGGCUUGUUGAUUAUCUUUGAAUUGUCGAACUUUUAUUGUCAUGUUAUUUUGAGAAGAUUAAGGGCAGAUGGCUCAAGAGAGCAUAAGAUUCCCUUUGGAUUUGCCUUUAAGUUUGUUUCUUUCCCUAAUUACUUGUUUGAAUGUCUAGCUUGGUUGACUUUUGCUAUUAUGACAAAUAACUGGUCUUCUUACUUCUUCUUUGUUGUUGGAACCGCCACUAUGAUGUCUUGGGCUAAGCAAAAACAUGCUAAGUAUAAGAAGACGUUUGGCGAUAAGUAUCCAAGAAAUAGAAAAGCCAUGAUUCCUUUCAUCUUUUAG